AUGGAUAGAGCAAAAGAAGAACAUAAUAUUAAAUAAAAGGCUUCGACUCCUUCUUUUUUAAUUAAAACCUACGACAUUUUGGAAGUAAACAAAUUAUGUCUACAUAUUAAUUAGAAUCCCGAUUACAAUGAAAUCAUAUCUUGGAAUGAGGAGGGCACAGCAUUCGUUGUAAAAAAUGUCAAUGAAUUAGCUGAGAAAGUGUUGCCUAAUCACUUUAAGCACAAUAAUUACGCUUCUUUUGUAAGAUAAUUGAAUAUGUAUGAUUUUCAUAAAAUGAAAAAUGAAGGGGGAGAUAACGAAUUUAGACAUAAAUAUUUUUAGAGAGGGAAUAAGUAAUCAUUAAUUCCUAUGUCAAAAAGGCAUUUGCUGUGUGAGAUCAAGAGAAAGCAAGGAGAGUAGGUCGAGUAGUUUGACGAAAGAAAUUAAAAUUCAAGUUAGAAUUCCAAUAAUUCCAUGGAAGUAGAUAUGUCCAAACUAAAAAAUGAUUAUUAAUUUUUUCUUAACGAAAUGCUCGGCAUUAAGGGAAAGUAACACGAAUUACAGAAGGCAUUGAUUUUAAUCAUGACCCAAAAUGAUCAUCUGAUCAAUGAAAAUAAAUUAUUAUGGCAAGAAAUCAAAAGAAUCAGAGAAACUGAUGAAAGAAAAAUAGAUACCUUGUCAUACCUUUUAGCCACCUUGAUCACCAACAUGAACCAAUCACAAAACCAAUAAACAGUCCAAUAACUAGUGGGAGUGUAGGUGCCUCCCUAGACUCCAAUUCCCCCCCAAGAACCAAAUAAUCAUAUUGAUUAACAAUUUAAUAAUCUCUUAAAUCUUUAACAAUUAAACCAAAACAAACCUGGAUAGUAGAAGGAUCAAAAGCAACUCCAAGAGCAUAACUCAUUUCUAGAAAAAAUUAUGAAAACCUAAUAGCAACAGGAACAGCAAUUGCAAUCAAUCAAGCAAGACAUUUCUUAAUAUGAUAAUGGUUUUAUGAAGAAACAAUGCAAUAAUCAAUUUUAGAGAUAACCAUAACACAUGGAUUCUAAUUUCAUGGUCCAACAGAACAGUUAGGCCCUGAUUUAAUAACUAAUGAGUUUAUCUUAAUAACAACAAUCACAGUAACAGUAACAAUAGGGACAACAAUUCUAGAACAACUUUUAGAAUUAUUUUGGAUAGAAUAAGGGAAAUGAAAAUUUUAGAGGAUUUCCAUUCUUAUGA